GGAGCGCUUCCACUGGGUGUGGGUGCUCCAGUCUCUUCACAUUCACGCCACCAGCAGCAGCAGCUGUCUGCAGCCCCUCUGUCUAACCCCCCUGAAAAUUUUUCGAUCUCUGUCUCGUGUUCGUAACUUGUCUGUCGGCCACCCGUCUCAACACUUGCAGUCAUGGACUCACUUGAUGCUGAUCAGAUUGAGGCUCUCAGGAAAGCCUUCGAUUCCUUCGACACGGACAAGAAAGGUGCCAUCACCACCGACACCGUCUCCACCAUCUUGAGGAUGAUGGGCGUCAAGAUCUCAGAGAAGAACCUUCAGGAGGUCAUCGCUGAGACUGACGAAGAUGGAUCCGGCGAGCUGGAGUUCGAGGAGUUCGUGGAGUUGGCCGCCAAGUUCCUCAUUGAGGAGGACGAGGAGGCCCUCAAGGCCGAGCUGAAAGAGGCCUUCCGCAUCUACGACAAGGGCGGUGACGGCUACAUCACGACGGACGUGUUGAGGGAGAUCCUGCGGGAGCUGGACAACAGGUUGACAGAGGAUGACCUGGACGGUAUUAUUGAGGAGGUCGACGAGGACGGCUCCGGCACACUCGAUUUUGAUGAGUUCAUGGAGAUGAUGGCUGGGUAGUGUGGAAGGUGAGACACUAGCUUUCUCAUCCCAGCCUCUGUACCCCUCACCUGAGGAAUAGGACAUCUCCGUACUGUGUCUCAUCCCAGCCUCCAGCUCUCCACCUGAGGAAUGACAUCUCCAUAGUGUGUCUCAGCAUCCUCCUCAUCCCAGCCUCACAUGUACAAGUGUCAAGAUAACCCCCCCCCCCAUCCCCCCACCCAUUCUCAUCUGUGUGAUGUUUGCUAAUGGCUAAUGACGUUCGUGUCAACAUUAUUUAAACAUCAUCGUCAUCAUUCUUACUGAAGCGUGAUUAUUAGUGAUAAGAUUUGUGUUUAGGUAUGUUUAGAGAGGCCUUAAUUUCAAAAUGAGUGAUGAAUGGAAAAAUGAGCAAAAUUUGGUUGCGAUUAGAUUCUAAAUUAGGAAUUAUAGGUGUGGCCAGGUGUACUGAGCCCAGUUAUGCAGAGGACAUAGUAGUAUAUAGAGCAUUGGUCUUUUAUUGUUAUUAAAUUCACUAUCUCUCAUUCCACUAAUGUUCACUUAAAUGUAUCUUUUUCUGAGUAAACUGAUAAUCUGG